AUGCUCGUUAGCAUGUCAAGACAUUACGGGAGAGGUUACCACCGUCGUGGUACACCAGUUUGUCAAACAAGUUUUCCUAUCGAUAAAUUAUUCAAAGAAAAUAGCAAUAGGCCUUCCGCUGCUAGGUCUGCUGGAACUAUAGGAAAAUGGGGCAUCACGUCUUUUACGACAAUACGUAAUUCAAGUUAUGAACCGUCUUAUUCGAAAUAUAGUUCUUUUAGAAAUCAAAAUCAAAACAUUAAUAGUGGAAAUUCGUAUUCAAAUGAUGAAAACAAAGCAAAACAAGAUGGCCCUCCGAAGCCCAAAAAGUUUUUCAAAAGUAGAAAUACUGAAAUUACCGAAGAAUCUGCCGUUUCGCCUACAUCAACCGUUUUAAAUAAUGACUUAUCUAGUAAAAGCCCUGUUAAAAAGAACAAAGAAGUUGGAACAACAUCCAAAAAAGUUUACAGUUCUAAAACUCCUCCUAAAAAUAAUGAUCAAUCUCCUACUGAUGAGUAUAAGCCUCCUAUAGUUUUAAGAAUUUUCAAGGGAACAUCUUGUAUUGUAGCCGAUGGUGAAAAGGUUUCACCCACAAUAACUUCACCAACAUCACCCAAAGCCAGAUCUUCACCCACAAAACCAGAAAAAACACUCGUGUGUAAACAGGAGAAAUCUGCUACAUCAACAAGGAGUAGUAGGAGGCGUAGUUUUCAAGAUAUCUCAGAAACUGGCCCUUCAUCCCCGAAACCCAAAAGAGCUAGAAAAGAUAUAAUGAAAGAUCCUGAAAUUGAAUCCAUUAUAUCUCAACUUGUGGGUGAUAAUGAAAGUGAUGAAAAUUUAAAAACCUGUGAUAUUGUUCCUAUUGACCCUGUAAGUGCUCAAGAAAAUACAAAUCAGGUAAAUGAUGAUGCAUCAGAUGAUAGCCUUCCUUUAGCUUGCACAUCUUAUUUUGCUAAAAAAGAAAACUCAGAAGCAGAAAAUUUAGAAGAGGAUGUACAACCGGAAAAGGCUUCCGAGGAAGAGCCUGAAGUGAAAAAUGAUGAUAAUAUUGUAGAGACUAAACUUGAAAACACACUUAGUAACAUUGUGGAUAAAAUUUUAUCAUCCCCUAAAGAAAUAACAGAAAAACCUGUCGAAGUUGAAAAAGAAAUUGCCAGUGCAGUCGAACCAGAAGCACCGACAGAUGAAAAGGAUUUUGAAUCUGGGAGUGAGAGUUCUGAUACGGCAAAUCAAUGUAGUGUUACUUUAACAUCAAAAGUUGAAUCAGGAGGACUGAAAUUGGUUAUAAAGAAAACUCCGGAAACUAUUGCAGAAAAAGAACAGAACAAUUUGGAUUCUGAGGGAAAUAAGGAAGAAACAAGCACUCCGGUUAAAGUAUUGCCAGUGAAAAAAAAAAGUAUAUUUAAAAGUAGGGGAAAAGAUGAAAGCGGUAAUAGUUCUAAAAGAUUGGCACUUUACAAACAUAAUUGGAACACAUCUCAAGCUGUUGAAGCCAACAGUAAACAAACGACUCCAGCUUCAGGUUCUCAAUAUGAGCACAUAAGCGAUUUCGAUUUGGGAAGUUUAACAAGAGUUUCGAGUGAACAAUCUGAUGGGAGUAGGUCUUUGGAUGAUGUGACUAAAGUCAAAUGCGAUAGAAAGGAUAAGGGAUACUACACAGUUGUCAGAAAUGUUAAAAAAGCUCAUCAAAUUCAAGAAUCUGGAGAAUUUCAAGAAUUCAAUGAUGACGUGGAUUAUAUAUUGGAUGCGUUAAAAGACAACAAUCCAGUCGGUACGAGAUGCCUGUCUGCCAUAACUUUGGCUGGAAAGUGUAUGGCUCCUGCCUUUAGAAUGCACGUCAGAGCUCAUGGAACCGUGGCAAAAUUUUUUAAAGCAUUGCACGAUGCAACCACUGAUCAAAGUUUAGGUUUAUGCACCGCGACUGUAAUGUUUGUUCUUAGCCAAGACAGACUGAAUAUGGAUCUUGAUAGGGACAGUCUUGAGCUUAUGUUAAAUCUAUUAGAAUCCGAUGCGAGCCACAAAAACGCAUUGGAUGAUUGCGGAAUGAGUUCUGCUCAAUUGAAAAAAAACAAACAGAAAGUGAGAGAGCUUUGCGCCGAAAUACAAAAUAAAGGAUUGGCAAAGCAUCUUAAUUUAGAUAAUAUAACAGUAGGACAAUUAGCUAUGGAAACACUUUUAAGUCUGACGUCGAAAAGAGCCGGAGAAUGGUUCAAGGAAGAAUUGAGAGAACUCGGAGGUUUGGAACACAUUGUCAAAACCAUUUCAGACUGUAGUAAAUCGUUGGAAACUUACAUUAGCCAAUGGACGGAUCACUUACUGGACAGACUCCGAAAGAUUGACCGGUGUUUGAGAGUUCUCGAAAACGUGACGAGUCAAAACGAAGAAAAUCAAGUUUACCUGUUGAAAUAUCAAAAUGGAGUGUUGUUAAAAACAAUUAUUAAAUUAUAUAAAAUAUGUAACGAUGAAAUAUCCCUGUAUCCGUGCACGGAUCCGACGGAUAAAGUAUCCACCGGUUACGUCAUACGUGAAGCACUGUUGGCCACCCUGAAAGUUCUUAUUAAUCUGACUCAGGAUUAUAACAAAAAAUGUUAUUUAGUGACUGGAAGAGUCGGACUCAUAGAGUCUAGUUUGCAUUUACUUCUUCAGGUACCCAAUUACAUACCAGACGAAGAAAAAUUUGAUAUGAUUAUAUUGGAUUUGAAUCUUUUGAUCAAUUUGGUUGAAAAUAACGAAGACAACAGGAAUAUUUUAAUGGAAAGCAAAGCACCUCCCGAUCCCGAAUGCGUCGUCGAAAGAAGUUCGAGAGAACAAAUGAGCGCGAUCGGUGCUCUCGUCAAUCUUUUCUACAUCCACGAAAAAAGUGCGUACGAAGAACAAGUCGAGACUGACGCCAUUUUAGAUGGUAAAAAAGACGUGAACGAUUCAAACGAUCCAUCAUCUCAAUCAUCACAACAAUCUCAACCCAAAUCAAAAGGAGACGAAAUAGAAGAAACUGUGGCUAAACUUUUACAAAAGGCGGGUAAUCACAUGGAACACACGUUUAUCGGAGCCUACAUUGUCCUACUCAUCGGGUAUUUAAUUACCGACAAUAAGGGACACGAAGCCGUAGUACGACAGCACCUUCAUCAAGGGAAUUUCAGUUCGUUCGUUGCAGUUUUAGAAAAAUUUUAUAAUUUUAUGAAAAUGACGGCGACGGCCGUCGGUGGUCAAAGUAACAAAGCGACGGAAAGAGUUCUCAAUUAUUACAUUGAAAUUGAAAAACCGGCCAAAAAGGAAGAAAUCAAAACCGAAUCUAUCACUACUACUACUACCAAUACUACUACUAACACUACUACUAGUAGUAGUGGUGGGAGUGCAACAGAUAUAAAAUCAUCUCCACUUUACGAAGGCGUUCUCGACUACACAAUGUCUUAG